CAGGGAGGGGGAGUUGUCAACAGUGUGUAGCGCAAGAGAGUACGAUCGGGCACUUUGUACCGGGAGCUGUGACUACAGACCAGCGAAAUCCGAGACCAGCCCGGUGAAAGGACAUGAAAGAGGCAUACGACUGUGACACAUCUGUAGGACUGCAAUGACAAGUCCGAGCAGUAGCCAUGCAGAAAGAACAGGUGCAAUGUCCUCGAAGCAGCCGGCCACCCCCAAACUGCAGGUCCAGCGCUCCCUCUCAACAGAGACCAUCACCAUCCACUUCUCUGCCUUUGGGAAGGAGGAAGAGGAAGAGGAAGAGGAGCUGUACAGAGAUUCUUCCCCUGAGGAGCUGAGCGACCAAAGCGUUGUGACUGCCCUCGAAGCCAAGGAAGAGCUUCAGUUUGAGCAUGAUCCCACUACCUCAGCUAGCGUGGCUGUCCUGCCGGUGGCCUCAUCAACACUAUUCUCCUCUUCAGCAGCAGCGGUGCCAUGUGAGUUCUCCACCUUCCCGUCCAUGCCACACGCCUCCAGCACAGCUGUGGCCAUAUUGUCACCAUCGCCAGCCCACGUGAUCUCUUCGGCAAGCUUGGCGAGCUCAUCCUGGCCUUCGGAACACAAAAUAGUUACUGCCGAUGCCACCGCGAGCACUUUGUCCUCCUCUUCCUCCCCGUCCAAAUCAGCAGCCCUCCCCUUCGCCACUCCUGUGUCCACCCUCCCCAGCACCAAGCCCUUCAUGAGCCUUGUCAAGUCUCUCACCUCUGAUGUGGAGCACAAAGAGACCUCGCUGAGGCACCGGCACCUGAUGAAGACACUGGUCAAGUCCCUGUCCACCGACACCUACAGAUCGGACACGGACUCUGUGUCGUACCGCUCGCCCGACUCCCGGCUGAACCUGCACCUCUUCAAGCAGUUCACUCAGACCCGCAGUACGGGCGGGGACUCUAAGACCGCCCCCUCGUCCCCCCUCACUUCCCCCUUGGACGGACGCUCCUCGUUCUUCAAGGUGACCGAGGUGGAGGCCAGGAUCGAGGACACCAAGAGACGUCUCUCAGAGGUGAUCUACGAACCUUUCCAGCUCCUCAGCAAGAUGAUGGGCGAUGAGAGCGGCAGCAGCAGCAGCUACAGACCAAAGGCAUUGUCUUCGAGCGCCUCCGAGCUCUCGAACCUUGCCAGUUUCAACGGACUCCUGGAGAGCAAUAACAACUACAGCAUCAAGGAGGAAGAGUGUGACUCGGAGGGCGAGUGUCUGCCGGGGGAUUCGCUUCCUGGCCGGAUUGAAAGCUCCUCAAGCUUGGAGGAGCAGGGGAGAGACGCGCACCCUGACACUAAAAGCCUGCUAGGCGGCGGCACAAAGAAAGUAAGGAUACCAUCUUCCUUGAUGGAGAAGUGCUCUCUGUCUGCGCUGGCCAGCAAAGAGGAGGAGGAGUUUUGCGAACUGUACAGUGAAGACUUUGACCUGGACUUCAAAACGGAAAGCGACGGGCUCAAAACGGAGGCCUCCAGUGCAGUGGCGCGUAAGGAAGGAAGCACGGACGUCUGCAGGGAAGAUGAGCCCGAUGUGGAUGAUGAGCCGCUGCCCAGCAUACCUCUCAAAACCUUGCUCGCUCUCGUCGCGCUUGUGUAUGCCUACUUUGUACUGCCUUUGCCUACUUAUGUGAGCGGCCUUCUGCUGGGAGCUGCGGUUGGGUUCACGAUCACUGUCGGGGUCGUGUGGCUGGUGGCGCCCAGGAGCUCCGCGCAUCUUCGCAAGCGCAGGGGCCACCAGUGGAACACCGCACACUUGGAUAUCAAAGAGCCUGGGAUCUUUAAGGGCUGGAUGAAUGAAAUCUCCAGUUACGACCCAGAAACAUACCACGCCACGUUGACGCACUCUGUCUACGUGCGACUCGAGGGGUCCACGCUGAGGCUCUCCAAACCCAACAAAAACAUCUCCAGGAGGGCGUCCUUCAACGAGCCCAAGCCAGACGUCACCUACAUCAGCCAGAAGAUUUACGAUCUCACCGCCAGCAAGAUUCACCUUGUGCCCCAGAGCCUGGCCCGGAAGAGGGUUUGGAACAAAAAGUACCCGAUCUGCAUCGAGCUGGGCAAGCAGGAUGACUUCAUGUCGAAAGCAGAGGCGGGGGGGGACAGGGAGGGAGAGGAGGAGAGGGUUGAGGCCGGAGGGGAGGAGUUGAAGCAGCCCCUGCUCUCCCAGGAGGGGGGGCAGCCGGCCCAGCCGCCCAGCCACAGAGACCCCACCCUGUACCUCUUUGGCAGGACGGGGAGGGAGAAGGAGGAGUGGUUCCACAGGAUCCUGCUGGCUUCCAGGCUCAAGUUGGACGCCAAGAAAGCAUCCAGCUUACCAGGAAACAAGCCCGGUAAAGAAAGCAGCAGCAGCAGCUUGUGGUUCGCCCCGUCCCACAGCAGGAAUAACAGCCAGUCGGGGGCGCUGACGCACAGCCGCAGCAGCAGCAAGGGCAGCGUGGAGGACGUAAUGUCUCCACCCAAGCAGAAGGAGCUGGCAGCCAGCGUGAGGCAGAAGAUGCUGCUGGACUACAACGUGUUCAUGGCCAAAUACAUCCCCCUGGAAAGCAGCAACAGCCCUGCCCAGAGCCCAGCCCACAGCACUGACAGCAGCCCCAGCACCGCUAGCAAGUUGGCAAGCAAUCCGCUAGUGGAAGAGCCCGAGACCUGGGUCAACGCUUUGCUCGGGAGGAUAUUCUGGGAUUUCCUCAGAGAGAAGUACUGGUCCGACAUUGUGUCCAAAAAGAUCCAGAUGAAGCUGAGCAAAAUCAGGCUGCCAUACUUCAUGAAUGAACUGACUCUAACAGAACUGGACAUGGGAGUCGCUGUUCCGAAAAUCCUGCAAGCCUCCAAGCCCUCCAUUGAUCACCAAGGUCUGUGGAUUGAUUUGGAGAUUUCCUACAAUGGGUCUUUUCUGAUGACGCUGGAAACUAAAAUGAACUUAACGAGGCUGGGCAAGGACCCCGUCGGGGAGGGACUCGGACGAGUCGGGGAAAUCGGGAAAGAAGGGGUCAGGCCGAGGACGUACUGUCUGGCAGACAGCGAUGAGGAGUCCUCGAGCGCCGGCUCCUCGGAUGAAGAGGACCCCCCUGACCUGACUGCGGGAGACAAGGCUUUAGCACUGGGAGCAGAAGGCUUCGUCGGAGGGCAUCGAGCCAGCAAGAUUAUGAGAUUUGUAGAUAAAAUUACGAAAUCCAAAUAUUUUCAGAAAGCUACAGAGACGGAGUUUAUUAAAAAGAAAAUCGAGGAGGUUUCCAACACUCCGCUGCUGCUGACUGUGGAAGUCCAGGAGUGCAGAGGCACUCUGGCUGUGAACAUUCCCCCGCCACCUACUGACAGGAUAUGGUAUGGUUUCCGAAGCCCGCCACAUCUGGAACUGAAGGCACGUCCCAAGCUGGGCGAGAGAGAAGUAACUUUCGCACACGUGACGGACUGGAUAGAAAAUAAACUGGAGCGCGAGUUUCAGAAAAUAUUUGUCAUGCCAAACAUGGAUGAUGUCUACAUGACUGUAAUGCAUUCAGCCCUGGACCCCAGGUCAGGAGUGGCAGGGGAGCUUUUGAAGGAACCCAGCCCGGACGCUGCUGAGCGCCUAUGAAAUGUGAAGAACUUGCUGUUUACAGUAUUAUGAAGGGGGAGGUCCGUGCACUCGGAGCUCUGAUCCAGUCUCAUCUUUCAACCACUUGUGCCACCUUUGUAUCAGCUUCUCUGGAUCUAUCUGUACUGGAAAACAACUGCGCUUCACCCACUCCCCCUCGCAUGACUGCUGCCCCCCUCGCUUCACCCACUCCCCCUCGCAGGACUGCUGCCCCUCUUGCUUCACACACUCCCCCUCGCAGGACUGCUGCCCCCCUCGCUUCACCCACUCCCCC